UUAUCAAAAUUUCCGAAAAUCAUUUUGUUCUGUCUGUAAAAAAAUGAAUAUUUUUUAUGAAACGCAACGUGGAAGCUGUACGAAGUUGCAAACUCACCAAAACCCCGAAAUUAAUAUCCUUUAUUUUAGCUGUUCCCUAUACCCUUUGCUUCUUCACAAAUCUUUCCAUUUUAAUCCAAACAAAAAGCCUUUUUUUUCUUAGCUUUGUCAGAUUCCCAAGAAUCCAACUUUCUGUCGAUUUUUAAAAAGGAUUUGCUCAGCAAAAGAUGGAAAAUAAGAAAAGGAAAGCAACAGUGCCAUGGAUGAUGAUGAUGAUGAUGUUCUUCCUUGUAUUGUCUACAAAUUUAUCAUCUUGUUCCUCGGCUGCCAGUCAGCAAUCCCAAAACAAAAGGUCAACCCAUCCUAAGGGUCGUACUGGGUUCCUUUCAUCUUUUCUUUUUCCUGUCACUGGGAAUGUUUAUCCUCUUGGGUACUAUUCCAUAUCUCUUACCAUAGGCAAUCCACCCAAGGUUUUCGAGUUCGAUAUCGAUACGGGCAGUGAUCUCACUUGGGUCCAAUGCGAUGCGCCUUGUACCGGUUGCACUAAGACGAUUGAUCAUCUUUACAAGCCCCAAAAACACAUCCUUGUCAGCUGUGGCCAUCCUGCCUGCAGUGUGGUUCACUUCCCUGAUAGUCCUAGAUGCGAGAAACCAGAUGACCAGUGUGAUUUCGAGAUCGAUUAUUUUGAUCAUGGUUCGGUUCUUGGCGUGGUGGUUUCUGAUGUCUUUUCUCUUAGAUUUAUGAAUGGCUCUCUCGCCCGUCUGCGUUUGACUUUUGGAUGUGCUUAUGAUAUUAAAAAUCCCAGUCCAUACAAUCCUCUAGGAGCUGGAGUCCUUGGGCUUAGCAAUGGCAAAGCAAGCUUAUUGUCCCAGCUGCAAAGCUUUGAUCUCACGAGAAACGUAAUAGGCCAUUGUUUAAGUGGGAAAGGUGGAGGAUUUUUGUUCAUAGGAGACGAUCUUGUCCCUUCCAAAAUGCCUUGGAUGCCAAUGUCAGCCAACUCUAAAAAUUAUUUGUCGAGUCCAGCAGAAGUCUUUUUUGACGGAAAGCCAACUGGUAUAAAGGACCUUAAACUAGUUUUUGACAGUGGGAGUUCCUACACUUACUUCAACUUCCGAGCUUAUGAAGCUGUACUCGAUCUGGUAAGGGGAGGCUUAAAUGGGAAGCUGUUGGAUACAGUUGAGGAUAAAGCUCUCCCAAUCUGCUGGAAAGGAACAAAACCGUUUAAAACGGUUCAUGAUGUCAAGAACUAUUUCAGCACCUUGACAUUGAGCUUUACAGAGACCCCGACUGUUCAGCUAGAAUUACAGCCGGAAGCGUAUCUUAUUGUCACGGAAGAAGGCAAUGCUUGCUUUGGAAUCUUGAACGGCACGGAAGCAGGAUUGGGAGACUUCAACAUAAUUGGAGACAUCUCAAUGAUAGGGAAAAUGGUUGUUUACGACAAUGAGAAGCAGCGGAUUGGGUGGAUAUCAGCCGAUUGCGAUAGACUUCCAUAUAACAGUUUUGACAGCAAUUACAAUGAAGAUUUUCGACAACCAUAUGCAACAAAUUUCGGUAUCGUGGACGAGAAUUAUCCUUAAACACAAGGUUCUGAAGAAAGAAAAAAGUAGUAAAAGUUGGGGCGGAACGACGGUAAAAGACUCCAUACUAUCAUAUGUAGAGACGGUAAUAAACGUUCGAUACAAGGUAUACAAGUUCGACACUAGAAUUUAAGUAUGGAAAAUGCAUCACUCUGGUUGUCUUGUAUUCGUUACAUGUACUUGAGGUGGUGAAACUUUAUUUUAUAUGGUUGGAGGAUCAUGUUUUUG